GCGCGCCCGAAAAAAUUGAGUAGCUCUACACAUAGUGCUUUUUGAGACUUCAGGAGUAAAACAGAGACGCCUAACUUAUCUUACUAGCAAAGGAUUUUCGAAUUUCAUCCCUAACUCGACAUUAAAACAAGAACCUGAAAACUGAAGUUUGAAGUUUGGUUACUUCAGUUUGUACUGUUUUGGCGGCCGAGCAGUUUCUUUCACUACGGCGGGCUAUUGCAGGUUUCAGCAUGGUUGCAAAAUCCGUUCCCAAACCGAAGACGCAUAAACCAGCCUCAAAGAAAAAGCAAGUCCUGAAGUUCAGUAUAUGCAUUUCACCCGGAGUUAUUGAUGAAGAUAUAGUUAGCCCUAGUUUACUUGAAAAAUAUUUAAAGGAACACAUAAAAGUAGAUAAUAAGCUUAAUAAUCUUGGGAAAGAUGUUCACAUUGAACGUGACAAAUCAACCAUACAUGUCACCGCAAACAUCCCUUUUUCGAAAAGGUAUCUUAAGUAUUUGACAAAGAAAUUUCUCAAACGUCACAAACUGCGAGAUUUCCUUCGCGUGGUAGCGAAAUCAAAGGAUUCUUAUGAAUUUCGGUUCUUUAACUUCGAAAAUGAAGAUACAGACGAUGAAGAGGAGAACUAAUCGUUGUAUGUAAUAAAUGUAUAAGUGCCGG